AUGGCUACAAGUGUCGUCCUGCCUACAGACUUGAGAUUCAGAGAGUGGCACGAUACCCGGGAUACUUCUCGACCCUGUUCAACGAUCCGAGAUUCAUCAAAUCUGUCGAUGGGCUCCAUGGCUCAGUCGCCCGUGGGUGCUGAACCAAGUAGGGAUACCUUUCCACAUAAACCCCAGUUACCAUCUUUCAGCAACUUUUUGUCUGGAGCGGGUCGUGCCGACUUACAAUUUUCACUGGGUGGUCCAGGCCCGAAUCGAGGGGAUCAUGGAUUGAUCAACAAUAUACCAUUGGGCCAUCAUGCUACCCAACCUCAACCCCCUGGACACGGGCCAUCCGAUCAAAACCGGGCGCACCCUUUCGAUACCGUUUCCCUUCCCCGCGGCGGCGGCGGCGGCGGCUAUCCAGAUUCAAACCCAGGAUCGUUUUGGCCCUCUCUGACAUCCAGCCCUGUAGAUCGGCAUGCAACCUUGCCGCGUCUUCUGGCCCUGGGCCCCGCUCCCGAUCGUGCCCAUGGACGAGUACUGGUGAGGGAAGAAAAUAUUCCCGGCAAAGGGCUCUGUUACAUCUAUGAUGAUGGUUCUGUUUGUCCCAAGGCGAUCAAUGGUGAUACUGUCAAUCCCAAAUGGGGCACCACCAAAGCAGGCAAACCAAGAAAACGACUGGGCCAGGCCUGCAACACGUGCAGAGAAAAGAAGAUCAAGUGCGAUCCCAAUGUUCCAAAAUGUGCGCAAUGCCAGAAGUUUGGGCGUGAGUGCAAAUUUGACUCUACUCCCCGUGCGAGUUCCAAACAAUCGGGCUCCGUACCGUCAACCUAUUCAUCCUCGUACUCAUCCUCCGCAGAACAAAUGCUUGAAAAGCUACCUCCACGAAGGGGGUCAACGGCGUCGACAGAAAUUACUGCUCAAGACCUCUCUUAUUCCAAGGAUGGACCGCCAUCCUCCAUCCUAUCGCCCGAGACUCAGAUGCCUCCUGCUUCCGAGGACACCAUGGGCAACGAAGAUGGAAAGGACGAUAGACCUCUUCCAAAGAAGCCUCGAUUCUCGGCGUCUCCUCGCCCGAUUUCAGAAGGAUGGCCUUCGGAUAGUAUGGGGACGGAGUCGGUCUCAGGCUCAAUUGCAUCGCCACCAGCCACACGCCACUUCUCGUGGCAGACCGAUCCCUAUGAACUUGACCGUGACAUGACACUGUACUACAUCAACAAAUAUUUCGCCAACAGCGACAGCGUUGCAAACUGUAUGCUACCCAAAAGAGCCUUCAUUCGAUGGGUGAAGAGUACUUACUCCAAGUCGUUGGCGGACAAGAUGUUACUCUACGCGAUCCUCGCGAUGGGCACGGCUUUCUCUCGGCGACCCGGAUGGGAAACACAUCGACCGUUGUUCCUGGAUAUUGUCCACGAGGCUGUUUUGAAGAGUGCGGAUCAGUUUAGCCUACAGUUGAUCCAGACGCGAUUGAUUCUCGCCCUUCUCGCGUUUUCUCAAGGCCAAUAUACUCGCGCGUGGGAUUUCUGUGGUGCCGCUCUGCGCACCGCGUUCGGAAUGAGAUUCAACACAGAAGAAGGGGUGUCGGCCGGGAAAGACGAUCAGGAGUUGGACUUUGGAUUUGAUUUCUCUACAUUGGUCGAGUGUCGAAGGAGGACAUUCUGGGCGACUUACAUUAUGGACCGCUUCAAUGGCUGUUGUUUAGCCUCUGCUCCUGCGGUCUAUCGUUCGGAAUGUCGUAUUCGCUUACCGUGUACGCAGGAAGCUUAUGAAAAGGGCGAGGACAUCCCUGUUACCGCGUUUGACUUGGAGACCACCCACUCCAAGGCGUCAGCAGAAAAUGACCGGCUCCACGAGGAAGUAUCACAAGUCGGCCUCCUGGGCUAUCUGGUCCAAAUUGCCACCAUCUUCAAUGAUGUCAUGGACAGAAUGAGUCGCAACAUGUCUCUGGCCCUUAUAAAAUACGACCAGGCGCAUGAGAUGUUCUAUCAUGACACCAUGCACCGACUGCAUUCGUGGGACAAAUUGCUGAGGAAACAUCUACACACGAGUGGGGAUGGUGGGGACAGGAGGUCAGAGCCGGUCGGCGGCUUACACAUCCUCUACCACUAUACGGCAAUGCUCCUGCACCGGUACGUGCGACACGCGGAAAUUGGUCCACAUCCGAUCCGCGUUCAUGUCACGGGCGCAUAUGAGCAUGCCCGUCUAAUGCUGGAGAUAGUCCAGCGACUCAGCAACGAUGAAGAGAAAAAUACACCAUUCUUCCGAUUCGCGACCACCAAUCCAUUCAGCGGGUUCGCCAUCACGGCUGCUUUGGACGUCAUCACGGCCGCAGGUACCUUGUCGGAUCUGAUGGACAACAAAAGUCCAAUGCUGUCCCUGAUAUCGAGCGGACUCGAAGCCUUAGAAGGUCUGGUAGAUUACUGGCACAGCGCUCGUCAACAACGGGACAUGAUCAAAGAUCGAUUCGGUGCGCUCUUGUCGGCGACCAAGCGAGCGUCGGACUUCAAUGGGGCCUUUUACUUUGGGAAACCGAUGCAAAGCCCUUGUGGACUCGAGCAGGACAUUGUGUACGGGCUGCCGCGCAUGCGGUAUUUCCAGGCGUUGGGAUGGGAGGAUAGAAUCCACAAUGAAGGGGAUUUUCAUCGACUUGAUGACAUUGAUAACAAUACCGACAGCAGCAACACGACCAAGGACAGGGAACAGGAAAGGGAUGGGGACAGGGAUACGGAACGGGACAAGUGGCCAUCAGCGCCCGUGAAGAUCGAAUCAUGA